AUGUGUCACCGGCAGCUGGCCUUCUCCUGGUUUUCCCUGGUGUUGCUGGCAUCUCCCCUCCUGGCCCUAUGGGAACUGGAGAAAGAUGUCUACGUGGUGGAGUUGGACUGGCGCCCGGAUGCCCCCGGCGAGACCGUGGUCCUCACCUGCGACACUGCCGAGGACGGCGGCAUCACCUGGACUUCCAGCCAGCGCGGCGAGGUGGUGGGCGCCGGGAAGAGCCUCAGCAUCCGAGUCAAAGAGUUUGGAGACGCCGGACGCUACACCUGCCACAGAGGCGGCGAGGAACUGGGCCACACCACCCUGCUGCUGCACAAAAACGAAGAUGGCAUCUGGUCCACCGAUAUUUUAAAGGACCAAAAAGAACCCAAAAAUAAGACCUUUCUGAAAUGUGAGGCAAGGAAUUAUUCUGGACAUUUCACCUGCUGGUGGCUGACGGCCAUCAGUUCCGAUGUGAAGUUCAAUGUCAGGAGCAGCCGGGGCCUCUCUGACCCUCGCGGAGUGACGUGCGGCGCGGCGACCCUGUCUGCAGAGAAGGUUCCGGGGGAGCACCGAGAGCUCAGGAAGUACUGGGUGGAGUGCCAGGAGGCCAGCGCCUGUCCUGCCGCCGAGGAGAGCCUGCCCGUGGAGCUGGCGCUGGACGCGGUGCACAGGUUCAAGUACGAGAAGUACACCGCCAGCUUCUUCCUCAGAGACAUCAUUAAGCCCGACCCACCCAAGAACCUGCAGCUGACGCCACUCGAGGGCUCUCAGCAGGUCGAGGCCAGCUGGGAGUACCCCGAUUCCUGGAGUACCCCUCACUCCUAUUUCUCCCUGGAAUUCUUUGUUCAGGUCCAGGGCAAGAAGAAGAGAGGAAGGAAAGACAGUCUCUCCGUGGAGAACACCUCAGUGACAGUCUCGUGCCCCAAGGGUGGCCAGGUCCUCGUGCGAGCCCGGGACCGCUAUUACAACUCCUCUUGGAGCGAGUGGGCCUCCGUGACCUGUGCGUAG